AUGGCUAGAAAGAUUACAAAGAAUUCAAGAAAUGCCAGGCAGGGCCUUCUAGAUGUUCCUGAGCCUGAAAUCAGAGCGCUUGAAAAUUUGCCAAGAGCUGAAAAGACGGACUUGACUAAUAUUUUAAUUAGAACAGCAGCUAAGAACGAAGCUCUCUUAGAUGCUAAGAUGAGCAAGAAAAGAUCUAGCAAGAACGGGAUAAAUAAAGUUUCCAAGAAGGCAUUAGAGAAAAAAAUCGCUAGUACCGUAAAUUCGAUGGAUAGGGAAAGAUUAGAACGUGCUCUUAAUAUUACAAAUAGACUGGAUGGCAAGGUUUCUAAAUCUGUCUCGCGUGCAAAAUUUGUCCAAACUACUAGAAAGGCCGGUUGGGACUCUAUCAAUGAAUCCAUUAAGAAUGAAUUAGCUCUACUCGGUGGCAAGAAAUUAGACUCUAAACCAAAGGGCGAGACUGAAGACGAAGAAACUGAAUUAUUGGAGGAGCUCAAUGAAUUACCAAGCUCUUCUGAGGAGGGCAAAGAGACUGCCAGUAAAACUCCUGUUAAUUUGUUCAGUUUAUUAUCUGCCGACGUUGAAGAAUAG